UGCAAAUGAUUUAUUUUGAUUUCAACAUUCAGGGCGUAAUAAUAUUAUAGUGCGGAAAAAGUGAGAAUAUGUGGAGGAAAGCGACGUUUUUGCUGUUACUUUCUUGCAUUUUACUGCAGAUUGCUUCAGCAAGACAUCUGACGUGGAAAGAUGAUAGUGGCGAAAGUGAUUCGAAGGAGUCCAACGAAAAGGUACAAGUGAACAAACGUAAAUCUAGCGACGAAAGCUCCAACGAUAGUGAUUCUUCUGAAGAGCAUGCGUCACAUGGCAACUUGUUAAAUGAAUUUUUGAAAAAUUACUCAGUGUUUAUCAAAUCCGUAACAGAAAAAGAGAAAUCGGUGGCUAAAAAUUUUAUUGAAAACAAAUUGGUUUCAAAAGUUAGAAGCCCAUCUAUGAAUGCAGUUAAGGAAAGUUUCUCAAAGUACAUAAACGAAGAUAUCGAAAUUCCAAAGCGUAAAGAUGCAGACUCGAUUUUACGGUACUUAAAUGUCAGUGUGACUUCAUUCAGUGAUUUCUUGAUGUUGGUCGAUAAAUAUAGUCCACAAAGCCUAAGAGAACCCAAUGCAGAGGAAGUGCUAAUACAAGAGGCACUCCAAGAGGCAGGCGUAGAUAAUUUGUUGGAAGACGUACCAAAUCGUUUCGAAGAUUUCUAUAAAACGUUUGGUGAGAAGGUACGCAGUUAUAUUAGACAACUAACAGCGGUUGAGCGGGAAAAUGAAAUAAAACUGGUCGACUGGUCCGAUGAAUUCAGCUCGGCUAAGGGCUUCGAAAACAAAAUAAAGGAAAUUCGUCAGUUCUUUUCGGUAUAUAACCCAAAUGAAGUUUAGUAAAAUUUAAAGUUUUUUGCAAGGCGAAUUCAUAUAAGGCGAAUUGUGCUGAUUAUCAAAAGUUUUUGUUUUUGUGCUGUCGCUAUCUCCUUGUAUGAAUUCGCCUUGCCUUUUUGUGAAAGGUGUAAAAAGAUAACAAAUGAAAAUAAAUUUUUUUGUAAAAAUGUA